AUGAGGUCUGCAUCAACAGCUGCCAAUGUUGCAGCAGCAGGUGCCAACGGUCGGCCCGAGGGUCAGCUGGAAGGCCAUGGUGCAACUGGAAUGGCCACCCAGCAGCACAAUACCAAUGCUGCCGAAGUACACGAGGAUGAGGAGCCUCGCACGGGUACACUGACGGUUACGGUGCCCACGGCCGAGGUCUCCACCGCCUCCAUUGGUGGCACCGGCCUGGUUGCCCCGGGCCUGGUGCUGCUGGGGUUCAAGCCGCUGAGCUGCCUGCGGCCGCACCACUGCCUGCGGCCCGCGGUGUUCCUGCGGCCGGAUGAGAGGGCCGCGGAGGGGUCCACUCGCACCUUCAUUGCAGUGUGGAGGGCGAUGCUGGCGGAGGGAAGAUUUGCGCUAUGCAGGUACCGGAGAGCCAACUCGCCUCCCCAGCUGGUGGCGCUCAUGCCGCAAGACGAGGGUGUCGACGCGUACGGCAUCCAAACUGAUCCGCCUGGCAUACACAUGAUUUUCCUUCCAUACAUGGACGACGUACGGUAUCCUGAGACGGCUACCGGCAUCCCCCCGCAGCAGCCCUCCGACCAGCAGCUGGCCGCCGCCGGUGCGCUGGUGGCCGCGCUGAACCUGGAAGCGGAGGAGCCCCUGGACCUGACCCGGGUGAAGAACCCCUGGCUCCAGAGACAUUACCAAGUGCUGGAGGCUCUUGCGCUGUCGGAGCCCUUACCCACCUGGUCGGCGCUGGAUGACGACACAACACGGCCGCGUAGGGAGCUGUUUCAGUCGGCGGAGGCGGCGGAGGCCAUAGAGGCAUUCCGACAGGCGUUUCCCCAGCAGGCAGCGGGUGGCGGGGCGGGGCGGGCCGCCAAGCGCAAGGCGGAUGGUGAGCCGGGUCCAGCAGCGGUCAUCAAGGCACAGAAGGCGGAGGCGGUGGCGGAUGCGUACAGCGCCAUCGACUGGGAGGGACUGUACCGCUCCAACGGCCUGGCCAAGCUGACAAAAGAUGACCUCACCCUUUACCUGCGUCGUCACCAGCUCAAGGUGACGGGAAAGAAGGACGAUCUGGUGCAGCGGGUUCGGGAGCACCUGGCGCAACACGCAGGGGAAUGA